GGGCGGCAGAUUUUGCGCGGUCCGGCCAGCUAGAGUGGGAGCGCUGCGCCUGCCCGGUUGUCACGGGGCGCAUCACGGUUUCUUUGACAUCGUCAGGCGAAGCGCAAGCCCACGGUCCGAGCCAGAGGUUCACAACUGCGCGGUCACGAUGGAGCUAACAGGCAUGGCGGCGAAAUCAGCGGUCGGCCUGCUUCUAGUCAUCGCACUGACCGUUGUGGCUGAUGAGGUGCACGUGGAAAGGGAUACCACCGAGGGACGUGUCCGUGGCAAAGUGGUGCACGUUCUGGACAACAAGGCCGUCGAAGAGUACCGCGGCAUUCCGUUUGCAGAGCCACCCGUGGGAAAGCUUCGAUUCAGGCCUCCUCAGCCAAAGGCGCCUUGGCAAGACACCCUGGACGCUACCUCCGGAUCUACGGCUUGCACACAGGUAGAGAUGCCAAUGGUCCCGAUGGGCAACGUUACGUUCACAGAAGACUGCCUCUACCUCAACGUUUGGGUUCCCGAGAGAGCCAUGAACCCGGGCUCGAAACGACCCGUGCUAGUAUGGAUCCAUGGAGGAGGCUUCACGUUCGGCAGUGCCAAUCAGUGGGAGUAUAAUGGCGCAGUGCUCGCCGCGACCACGAACGUCCUCGUCGUCUCCAUGAACUACCGCCUCGGCAUCCUGGGCUUCCUUAGCGCCAACUCACCCGAAGCACCGGGCAACGUUGGUCUCCUGGACCAAGUCGCAGUCCUGAAGUGGGUGCAGCGGAACAUCGAGUCCUUCGGAGGCGACCCGGAUCUCGUGACUCUGUUCGGAGAAAGCGCGGGUGCAAUGAGCGCGCACGCACACGUCAUGUCUCCGAUGAGCGAGGGCCUCUUCAAGAGGGCCGUUUUGAUGAGCGGCACCAUGUACAACAUCGACAUGUGGGACAUGGUCCACGAGAGUAUGGUGAAGGGGAACAAGGUGGCCAACAUUGUGGGCUGCUCCAAAGGCGGCAACAUCGACCUCUCGUCCAACGCCGAGGACAUCAUUGACUGCUUCCGGAAGAAGUCCGCCGACGAGCUCGUCAAGGCGGCCGUUGAGAGCGUUGCCCCCAAAAUGGUUCCUUUCCUCCCGAUCUACCACGACGCCUUCCUGCCAAGGAUGCCGCUGGUGGCCAUGAACCGCGGUUUCUUCGCGCCGGUCGACAUUCUGGCUGGCGUCACUUCGGACGAGGGGGCUUUACUUGUUCUGUUUCCGCCGCAACCAAAUCUCCUGCCCGAAGACCUCGACGCGAGUGGUCCCGAGAACCUCGAGGAUUCUCUUCGCGCAGUUGUGUCCACGUGGGUAAAGGAGAGCAUACCGGAUAUAGAGGACAAAUACACCGACGAUGCGCCAGAAGGCGACAAAAACGCCCUCAGGCGCCAACACCUGGACUACGUGUCCGACCGGCUGUUCAACUGCCCGCUGCGGUUCACGGCGGAGAAGCACAGUGAGAGGGGCAACAGGGUGUUCGCCUACAUCUUCGGGCACAAGUACGACGCUUUCAACUUGCCGGCCUGGAUGGGAGUGCCUCACGCCACUGAGCUGCAGUUCGCGUUCGGCGUACCCUACGCCGCACAGUCAGACUCUCCGAAUGGUCGCAUGAGCGAAGCCUUCAUGCGAAUGUUGGCAAGCUUCGGCGAAAGCGGGGUUCCCGAGCUGCCCAACAAGCAGAAGUGGCCGAAGUACACCAAGCGAUCACCAACUAUGGUUCUCAUGGAUAACAACAACUUCAGUGAGACGAAGGGAUUCCGUGCGAAGCAGUGCGAGCGCUGGAAGUCACUGUUUUAAGAUGAAAUUAUUUUUAGCUCUCUUCUGGUAUAUACUGCUUCUGGAGCUGUACAGUGUUGCAGAAUAAAUUAUUUUCUGUGUA